UUCGGCGAAUGAGUCAUCAGACAUUUUCACGGACGGGCGAAGAAAUCUGUAGUGGCGGUAAAUUUUGCCAAUUAUUUAGGAAAACAAGUCGCUGUCUCUACACAGCUAUCAUCUUAUUCUCAUUGACAGUUAUUUUGGACUUAAUCAAUGUUUAGUUGGCUCUCAGAGGACGCCAAACGGCGAAAACAGCCGGCAGUUUUUAGUUCAGUAAGUGAGGGCCUAAGGAAGGUCUACAAUACUACUAUUCGCCCAUUAGAAGAAGCGUACAAAUUCAGUGACUUCCACUCCCCUCCUCAUGAUGAUGCCGAUUUUGAGGCAAAACCGAUGGUUCUUCUUGUCGGUCAGUAUUCGACGGGGAAAACAACAUUCAUCAAGUACCUUCUUGAGCGUGAAUUUCCAGGUAUUCGCGUCGGGCCUGAACCGACCACGGACCGCUUUAUGGCCGUGAUGCACGGCGAUAAAGACGGGGUCAUCCCUGGCAACGCCUUAGUUGUCGAUCCUAAACGACAGUUCCGGGCCUUGGAUAAAUUUGGAAACGCGUUUUUAAACCGAUUCCAGUGUUCACUCACUGAUUCUCCAGUUCUAGAAAGUAUCACUAUUAUAGACACACCAGGUAUCUUAUCAGGAGAAAAACAAAGAGUAGACCGGGGUUAUGAUUUUAUCGGUGUACUGGAAUGGUUCGCUGAGAGAGCUGACCGAAUUAUACUUCUCUUUGAUGCCCAUAAGCUGGACAUUUCAGAUGAAUUCCGCCGUUGCAUAGAAGCACUCCGAGGUCAAGAUGAUAAGAUUAGAAUUGUUUUGAAUAAAUCGGACAUGGUCGACCAUCAGCAGUUGAUGAGGGUCUACGGAGCACUUAUGUGGUCCCUAGGGAAGGUUAUCAAUACGCCGGAGGUUUCCAGAGUGUAUAUCGGUUCGUUUUGGGAUAAGCCAUUCCACUAUGACACAAACCGUCGGCUAUUUGAAGCAGAAGCACAUGACUUGUUCUACGACAUCCAAAGCUUACCAAGGAAUGCUGCUCUAAGGAAGCUCAAUGACCUUAUCAAAAGAGCACGUCUUGCUAAGGUACACGCAUUCAUCAUCAGCACGCUACGUCGAGAAAUGCCGUCUGUGUUCGGGAAGGAAAACAAAAAGGCAGAACUAAUCAAGAAUUUACAUGUAACAUACGGCGAAGUUGAACGCGUCCACCACAUCUCUCCUGGGGAUUUCCCUCCUCUUGAACGUAUGAAACGAGUAUUGAAAGACCAAGAUUUCACACGCUUCAGUGCACUCAAACCUAAGUUAAUAGAGAAGCUUGAUCAUAUGCUUUCGAACGAGAUGACGCGACUGAUGCAAAUGAUUCCGCAAGAAGAAUAUGACAUGGGCAGGAAAGAUGGACAGCAAGAAAUUAAAGGCGGUGUAUUUUUAGGAGUUGUAGAUGGCCCCUUUAAGAAGGGCGGAGGGGAAGGUGCCGAUUACGGCUCUAGUGAAUUAGUCGAUUGGGUAGUCGAAGAGUAUAAGGAUAAGCAUAGAUCUGUCUUUGAAAGCUUGAAUCCCAUAGAGGGAAAAGUGUCCGGCGCAACAGCCAAAAAAGAAAUGGUAAAAUCCAAGCUGCCUAACACGGUGCUUGGCCGCGUCUGGAAAUUAGCAGACGUUGACCGCGACGGGCAGCUUGAUGAGGAUGAAUUUGCGCUUGCUAUGUAUCUGAUACAGUUGAAAUUAGAUGGUACUGAGCUCCCACUUUCACUACCAACACAUCUAGUACCCCCAUCAAAAAGGUCAUUCGCAACCUGAAUAUUGUAAGACGUAUUAUCUCCAUCGAUCUAAACACAUCAACUCGUAAAAUUUCUCAUUUUAAGGGUUUUUUAGGAACCGCAUUCUGCUAGUGUUUUCUUAUGAGUUAUAUCAGCAAUAUUGUUAAUAAUCAUAUCAAUUUUUGUAACCUAAUUGUAAUGAUUAUUACUAAAUUCCAUUGAGCUAUGAUAAUAGACAUGAAGGGGCUGCGUCUUGUGAUUACCAUGUUGAUUUCAUAACUUAAUGAAAGCCAUUGACACGGAUGGUGUAUUUUAACAAGUAAUCGCUCACUAAUUAUUUCAAUUUAGUCUUAAAUACAUUUUAUAUACGACAUUUACAUUAUUAUAUACACUAAGCUAAUAGUAUGGUAUUUUCCUUGUAUUCUGUGUAAGCAUAAACAGUUAGUAUCAGGCAUACUCGCAUAAAUUAAUUAAUUCUCUAUCAAGGUAUCAAGAAAUAGGUUGUCUUUAUUAGCAUAUUCUAAUGCUAAAAUUAUUCCACAAAUAACUGAUUCAUACUAGGCAAAAGGUUGCAAAGAAUGCAUGCUAAAUGAUAAGAACUAUCAACAUUUAUCAAAUUUUCUUUGACAAAAACUGUUGUAUGCCCAUAUAUAGUCAUGGUGUGCCUAUAUAUGGUCAUGAUGUGAUGUCAUCAUGACCAUAUUUAGGCAUAUCACAUUUUGUCUUGUGUGAAUAAUGUAUGGCUAAUUGUCAGUGAGGUGCACGUCAUAAGGUCUACAUUAGAUGUCACUGGCAUAUCCCUCCAAAGGUCUAGCGUGAUUGAGGUACCACAAUGUGUCCCAAUAACCUACAGUAGUACCAAAACAAAAUGACAAUGUACUAUUCUUAAAUCUUUAUGUAGUCAUUCGAUUGUGAAUAACACCCUAAUAAUAGGAAAUGUUUCUAUAGUUUUGAAGGCGUGUACUUCCUGACUGCCAAGUGUAAAGUUUCACAUUGUGUAAUUGCUCUGAAAUGAGUUGAGUUGUAAACAAUAAUUGAAGUUUAGCUAUUCAUGACAAAAGUAUUUUACUUGACUAAAAACAUUCGUACCAAAUGUUUAUUGCUCAACAUUUGAUCAACAUGUUGGUAAAAUGUUCCAUCCAAGUGGUGCUCUAAUCCAUACCGGUAAUCAAACCCCCCCCCUCCCUCCUUUCUUCCCUUAUUUAUCUCUGGGCUAAUAUCACUUCUUUUUGUUUCCCAUUUUCUUUUGGCCCUAAUUUUCCCCUGCCUUAAAAAAGUUUAGUGCAAUAAUCAAAUGUAAAAGUAUUAAGCAGAAAAUUGACAACUCACUUUACAAGGAAGGAAACCCUGUAAAAAAAGUGUUGGACGAUUAACCUUUUGUAAACCAAUCUGUAGCCCUUGUUAGAAAAACAUAAAUUUCCCCUGGUUCAUCCCUACCAUAAUUUUAACUUUGUUUUGAACUCAAUAUUUUAUGUAUGCUUAUUACUAUGCAAGCCUGAGUUACAAAGUGAAACUGAUGCUCUAACAACUACCUGUACUGUAUGACUAUCUUGUAGGAAAUCUAGUUUCUUUUCUCGUCAACAAAAAUAAUACAGGCUAUUGUUAAUUAUUAAUGUUAUGAAUUAAAAUCCAGUGACACGAUGUUGCAAUACCUCCUUAAGUUAUUCUUAUUCUGUCAAACAAUUUCUGCAUCUUUUCCUUAUUUUUUUUAGAGUGUGCUUCAACGACAAAUGCUCCAGGAUAUCAUUUUGAAAUCUCAUUCCAUAAGGAAGUAAAUUUCUAUAUAAAGAACAUGAAUACUGGUUGUUAUUGCAGUAUUAGCUGCCAUUCCUUAUAUAAUAUAAAAUACAUGCAGAAUAAUAACAAGACUGUUACAAAGGAAAAGAGUACUAAAUUGUUGGCCAUAAGAAUUUAGAUCCUCAAUUAAGGAGAUCAUAAUCUUACACAUUGAUAAUAAACAAGGUUGGUUGAUUGAUUGAUUGCCUAACUGGAGAGGUAUAAAUACCUCCUUUUACUAACAGUUUUUGUUAAUAGUAUAAACAAAUAUAAUUUGCAUUCAACUUUUAAUUGGUAAUAUUUUAAGAAGUACAAAUGGCAUUUAAGAUUAAUGUGUUUAUACACUAUGUAGAUGUAUGUUGGUUUAUAUAAAUUCUGUCAGAUAAAUGAACAUUUUAACAAUUAAAAUUAAAUUAAUAGUGAUUACUUUUGUAAUAAGCCAUACAUAUGUAUAUUCCCAUGUAUGCUGUCACACAAACACACUUUACAUAUUUAAUUUUUAGUCUUUAAUAAAUGGCUUUCAGUAAUUUGAUGAUCAAUCAAUCAAUUCUAUUGAUUUCAAAGGUGCUUCCAUUACACACAAUAUAUUGUUUAUAUAUGCUAACCUAUUUACAAUACUAUUAAUAUUAUUGUAUAUUUUAAUUACCAAUAUUAUAUUUGUAAAUUUAUUGAUUCUGUCUCUGGCCAAAGGAUUCGUAAAAAUUGAAUCGUAAAAUGUUUAGAAAUUAUAAAAUAUAUUAAUUAAAAAUUUUAGAUCUGAAAAAAAAAUAUGGUAAUUCUUUGAUAAUGUUUUAUUUGUUAUAAUAUAGAAACAAAAUUUAGAUAAUAAUUCUUGUUAUAUCAAGAUACUGUGUAGGCCCAUGCUCCUGUAUUAUAUAAACACCCUAUUAGAUAAAUACCCUUUGUACCCAAUAUCUCAUCACAUUUAAAGAAAAAUAUAUUGUAUAGGCCAAGUGUUUCUCUGGAGAACUAUAUAACUAGAAGGCACCCUGGGGCACUCCAAUACCCCCAUCAGCUGAUAUGUAGGUUUGAUGCUAAUUUAGAGAAGCAUAAAUGCUUUGGAUGUGCUGCAUUGAAUAUUGCAAUGUAAUACUAAUAUAAAAAGGAAGUUUUACUGAAGGGUUGAGUUACAGUUUUGUUUCAUAUCCUGCACGAUAUCAGAAGCCCCUCCCAGUUCAUAGCUCACGGCAUGACCUUAAUGGUUCUGCCAACUUUUAAAUUUUUAUUCAAGGUCAAGUCUCAUGGGGAAAAAAUAUUUAGAACAGGUUUUUUUCAGAUUAAUUUUCCAAAAGCGUUUUUGAUAUCACUUAGAGCUGGUAGAGUCUAGACUUACAAUUAUUUAAAAUGAAGUUUAAUUACACAGAGCCAAUAGUAAAUUCCAUACAUUGAUAAGUGUGAAGUAUUAGAGUGGUGUUUACAUAAGUAACACCCAAUGAGAUACCUUGUUUAGAAGCUCCAUUGAGAGUGUGUACAGUAGGCCUAUGGUGUAAACUAAAUAGUCAUUGAUUCCUGUCCGUUAAAAUGUUUAUUUUUAAAAUAAUCUUAAAACUAUUUUCUUUUUAAAAUUAUAUUCUAAAAAAAAAAAUAUCCUAGCUGUCUGUUAGAAUAUUUUAAUUUAUUCAAAAUUGAAGAUUGGAUGUAUUAACACAUUUUUUUUAAAUUAAAAAGCAUGGUGUAUGUAAAAAUAAUGCAUAGUGUCCUCCAGUUUGGCAUAUGGUGAUGUUUACAGUGGUGUUUAUGAUGGUAGAUAGUCUUGCUCGUAAAAAUAAAAUCCAGAUAUACCUCUGACGGAGGUAAUCUAGUCAGUACAUUCCUGGUGAUAUAGUAUCAAGGCUGUAAGAAACAGCCCUGAUAGUCCCUCCCUCUCACUCCAUCUGCUAAACUAAGUACCACUCAAUCUCACAGGUGCACGAGUGCUUAACUGAGUACCACUCGCUAAUAUAGUGGUUAUGCGAAAGCUAAAGGAAGUUCCUCUCCUAGCUAAUUUUCACUCAAUUCUUGGUACGCAAGUGUCACUCACUUAUGAGGUAGUUAUACGAGUGCUAAAUUAAGUUCCACUCAUUGCUAAAUUCCACUCAAUUGUAUGCGCACUUGCUCCUAUGUGUAUGGUUACUCAGUUCACUCCUAGUUUAGCAGGUUGGAUGUGUUUAAUCCAACAUUCCUGUUAUUUAGGGCAUAGAUUUUGAUAAUUAUUACAGUAUUGGCAUGUCUCUGUGUUAAACAGUGGAUAACAUUUUUUUUUUUAUUCACAAGAAUGACAUAAAAUUGGUUGGUUCUAUCUCAAAUAAAAAAAAUCCAUAUUUAAUUUUAGCAAUUUUAAAAUUAUAAUUUUACAGUAUUUUCCAAUGUUGUAUGAAUUGUGGUAAAUUUUAUUAAAUUUUCGCUGGAAAAUUAAAUUUACUUGCUGGUGAUGAUAUAAUUAAUGUUGAAAUAUUGAAUCCCGACACGAUAGCGUGCAUUUCGAUACUUUCUGUUUGUGUUAAAGUAAAAAAUAAUAUUUCUUUUAUUAUCUGCUGUUUAAAGGUUUAUCUCAAAUCACUCACAGUGAGUAUAUUUAAAAAAUAAAAAAUAUUUUAAGAUUAUUUUAAUUUGUUUAUGUUAAAUAUUUUUGUGAGGUUGUUAGUAUUUGUUAUCUUUCAUCUUCGACAAGGGAACAUUUUGUAGUCAAAACCAUACAGAGAAGUGAAUACCAAAGACUUCUAUAAACAUAAAUUUACAUUUUAAAAUUUGGUAACUCUACUGAACAUUGCAGUACAAUAUAUCUAUUAUUAUUAUUAUUAUUAUUAUUAUUAACAUAUUAAUUAUAUAAAUAUGAAUUAUAUUUAUAAGUAAUUUGUUAAUAACUUUAGUAGUUUAUUAGUUGUUUACAUAGUUUGCAUUUAAGUUAAUGCUUUUUCUUUUUGUUUAUAUAAUCACUUGUUUUGAAAUUGAAAGUAACUCUGUAUGUUAAAUACCUUUUUAACAUAAUAUUUUAUUUUGUUUAUUUCAGCUCAAUAUAUUUUUUAUCUACGGUAUGGUACUGAAUACUUAUUUUGUGGUGAAAAGAUAAUCCCAGCAAUAAUUAUGGUAUUGAGAAUGUUAUAAAUUAUUUGCAAAGUAAAAAAAUGUCAGUUUAAUUAUUUUACUGCUUAACGUAUUUUGUUCACAAUAAGAAUUUAGUUUUAACAAAAUGUUUACAUAAACACUGAGCAUAGAUUAAAAAAAAGUAAUGACUUUUAAAUUGUUGGUAAACUGGAAGGAUAUUAUUAACGAACAUCAUUUGGAAAAUUUUAAAUUUUAUUUUAGAGUAAAAUUAUAUUAGUCCUUAAGGGUAAUACAAGCAUAAAGAAUAUGCCGUCAGUUAAACACAACAUUUUAAGGCAUAAUUUAUAAAUAAUUUAUAUAUUUUAAUUGUUAUUGAGUUAUAUUCAGAAACUUGUUUUUGUGAACACAAACAAUAGAUUAGAUAUGAAAAUAAUUAAGUGUUUUAUAUUAGAUGUUGAAAUCUACAAUGUUACACCACAAAAGUAGUUUGCUUGCAUGUUGUUCACUGUACUCUAAUGACUGCUUAAUCAUUGUUAUUUACCUAGUAUGGAUUAAAAAAUAGCUGAUGAGGCAAAAUGACAAA